AUUCAUAUUCUGCUUAGAAGUUUUGACUCUAGAAGUAGAAAUUUCUCUAAUUUUGGUGGUUUAAUCUAUUGUGGUAGUUGUUUGGGACGUAACAUGUUGACCAAGCCAUGACAAGACAAGUUCUCAAUCUCUUCGAUAGUAAUUUUCAGCACACCAUUCUCAGCUGUCUCAGUUCAUCCACGUCUUCUCUCUCACAAGCAAGACAAGCUCAUGCCUGCUUUCUCAAAACUGGUCUAUCAAAUGAAACCCAUGUCACCACCAAGAUGCUCUCGCUCUAUGCCAAUCACCGCCGCUUUGCCGACGCAGAGAUUGUCCUCGAUUCGGUCCCCGAACCCGAUGUGUUCUCUUUCUCGACUCUCAUCUAUGCUUAUGCAAAACUCAGUCAAUUCAGUAAUGCCUUGCGUUUAUUUUCUCGAAUGAUGUCUCGAGGUCUCAUGCCGGAUAGUCAUGUCCUACCCAGUGCCGUCAAGGCUUGCACUGGACUAUCGGCUCUCAAAGUGGGGCAACAGGUCCAUGGCAUUGCUUCGGUAUGUGGGUUUUGUUCGGAUUCCUUUGUUCAGUCCUCUUUGGUUCAUAUGUAUAUUAAGUGUAAUCACUUCAUGGAUGCCCACAAAAUGUUGGACGAAAUGCCUGAACCAAAUGUGGUGUCCUGGAGUGCUUUAAUCGCGGGUUAUGCACGACAAGGAUGUGUAAGCGAGACAAAGGAAGCCUUUUCUGAGAUGAGAAAUUUAGGGGUUGAACCUAAUUUAGUUUCUUGGAAUGGGAUAAUUGCAGGAUUCAAUCAGACUGGUCAUUAUUUGGAAGCAGUUAAUAUUUUCCGGCAGAUGCAUUUGCAAUGUUUUAAGGCUGAUGGGACUACUAUUUCCAGUGUUCUUCCUGCAGUGGGGAACACGGAGGAUUUUGAAUUGGGAAUACAAAUUCAUGCUUAUGUGAUCAAGGUGGGUGUUGAUUCUGAUAAGUGUGUGGUUACAGCUCUUAUUGACUUGUAUGGUAAGUGUGCCUGCACGUCAGAGAUGUUGCAAGUGUUUAAUGAAAUGGAUGAAUCGGAUAUAGGUGCUUGCAAUGCACUGGUGGCCGGGCUCUCACGAAAUGGUCUUGCGGAUGAGGCAUUGAUGGUUUUUAGGCAAUUCAAAGACCAAGGGAUGGAUUUGAAUGUUGUGUCUUGGACGUCAGUGAUUGCUUGUUGCUCUCAAAAUAGCAAAGAUAUGGAGGCUCUGGACCUUUUCAGAGAGAUGCAGAUUGCUGGGGUGAAGCCAAACUUUGUAACAAUCCCUUGCUUGUUACCAGCCUGUGGCAAUAUUGCAGCAUUAAUGCAUGGGAAGGCAGCUCAUGGCUUUUCUCUUAGAAUCGGGAUGUCCAAUGAUGUUUAUGUGGGUAGUGCAUUGAUUGAUAUGUAUGCCAAGUGUGGAAGGAUUCUGACGUCUCGGCUCUAUUUUGAUGGGAUGCCGAUCCGAAAUUUGGCUUGCUGGAAUGCGAUAAUGGGUGGGUAUGCAAUGCAUGGAAAGGCUAAGGAAGCAAUGGAGAUAUUUCAUUUGAUGCAGAGGAGUGGACAGAAGCCUGACUCCAUUAGCCUCACAUGUGUGUUAUCUGCAUGCAGCCAGAGUGGCCUAACAGAAGAAGGUCAGUACUACUUUAAAAGCAUGUCCAGAGAGUAUGGGGUUGAAGCUAGAGUGGAGCAUUAUGCUUGCAUGGUGACCCUUCUUGGUCGUGCAGGAAAGCUCGAAGAGGCAUAUUCCAUGAUCCAGCAAAUGCCAUUGGAGCCCGAUGCUUGUGUUUGGGGAUCUUUACUGAGUUCUUGUAAAGUUCACAAUAACUUGAGUUUGGGAAAGGUCGCUGCCAAGGAAUUAUUUGUGUUAGAACCUGGAAAUCCUGGGAACUACAUUAUUCUGUCCAAUAUAUAUGCCUCUAACGGCAAAUGGAAUGAAGUAGACAAAGUGAGGUAUAGGAUGAAGAAUAUGGGGUUGAGGAAAAAUCCUGGUUGCAGUUGGAUUGAGGUCAAGAACAAGGUGCAUAUGCUUUUAGCAGGAGACAAAUCACAUCCUCAAAUGAGUGAAAUCAUUAAAAAGUUGAAUCAAUUAAGCAUGGAGAUGAAGAAAUCAGGUUAUGUUCCAAUUACUGACUUUGUGCUGCAAGAUGUUGAAGAACAUGACAAGGAGGAGAUUUUGUGUGGGCACAGUGAGAAGUUGGCUGUAGUGUUUGGGAUUCUGAACACUAGCCCAGGGUCUCCCCUUCAAGUUAUAAAGAACCUUAGGAUUUGUGGGGACUGCCAUGCUGUUAUAAAAUUUAUAUCCAGCUUUGAAGGGAGGGAAAUUUUUGUCAGAGACACGAAUCGCUUUCAUCACUUCAAAGAUGGGAUGUGUUCGUGUGGGGACUAUUGGUGAUCUUUUUAAUGGUCUUCUGAGGCAUGCUAUUACUACUCUACAAAAAGAUAUAAGCAGAAUGUGCAAACCCAUGCAGACUAUGGGUUCAGCAUUUAACAAACAGAUAUUGGAUUCCUUGGGAGCUUCAACAGUUGUAGAAGUACAGGGUAGCAAGGUAAGGAGGCGUAAAGAGUGGGGAAAUUGGAUAACCAGUUCUAAUCAGUUUCCUGCUGACUUGGCCUCACAAUUUCAUGGUGGAUCAAAUUACAAUUCGCUAGCAAGUUCUUUAUAGAAGGGCACAUAGGAUGCAGUGACUACCAAGUGUAAUACUAUUAUGGGUAGGCCAGAUCCUCAUAAAAAGGUAGCUCCGGGCAAGUGUUCAUCUGUGGAGUUGAUUGGCCAGUCAAAAUUGUCUAAUGGGGAGAAUAUUUAUGGAAGAAGAAUGUUAUAGCCAGAUAUGACAAAUUCACGCUUUUAAAAAUGUAGUUUGUUCAUUCAAGGCUGGGACAGUUUUCCUUAUAUGGUUCUUGGAUUGGAAGGUGGGAGAGGAUAUUGCUUUGGAAGGUUUAUGAACAUAGUUUCCUUGAUUUUCUCUUGGACAAAGCCCAUGUUUUGGCAGUUUACAGGAAAGUAAAAGAAUACACACACAGGCACCCAAGCUAACUUCUCUAAAAUGAAAAGAAAGAAAAGGAAGUGUUGGGGAAUAUCUCGCAAAACUGUGCGGGAUUAUCUGGUUGCAUAGUUUAGUUGUCAUGUGAACCGAUGGUGUUUUUCUGUUCCUGGUGAUUUCAUGUGCUCCACGUUACUGAGCUUGGUUUAUGAUAGGAUGGGAAAAAUUGAAAUAUAUUGCGGGUGCUGUUGGCAUAAAAGAGGACACUGCAGCUGAAGCCAUACAACCAUCCAGCUAUCGUUCUACCAUUUCUCAAUUGCUCCGAGUUGGUAGCUGGUAAGAUCUCUACUUGUGUCCUUCCAAAAAGAUGCACCUUCCACUUCUCUUUCUUUCCUUUUUGGUGCUUCUAAUUGAAUACCUUUUCUUGAGGUAGAUUCUCUGUCCUCGAGGAUAUUCCUGGCUUUUUGUCUAUAUUAUGUAUCUCUUCUUACUGGUGCACAUCGAUUCUGCCAAAGCCGGGCUCUCUCUGUGUUACCUUUUGCUACAAUGGAAACAAAAAUUUUGAAACUCUCUUCCGCGCUUUUGUAUUAAACCUAAGCACAGGUCUUUUGCACCAGAUGACUUUUGAGAGGCACGAGUUCACUAUUUAUGGUUGUGCUAAAUUAGGCUUGUCCAACUUGUAGGUUGUUGAGAAGUUGAUUAUCAGUAUUCACCAAAAAGCAGCAUCAACAAGGCUGGGGUCAACAGGACCUGAACCCCCUGAUUUUAGGAUUCUAUGGACAUCAAAUAGUUGAUGGGUACAAAUCUGAACUCCACGUACUUGUGUGGUUCAGGCACUCCAUUAGUGUGGCCGACUGUAGGAAAACAAGGUAUAACACUUAAGUCUGUUGUCAGAUCGGAGACCUUUACUACUCCUAACUGUUGAAUGGCGAAGGCAUAGGCAGUGGGGAUUGGAAAAGUCCGUACAAUGUCUGGGCUUCUUGAUAUUACCUGAGUCAUACUGCGAAACCACAUGGGAAAACAGUAUUGUUCAUAUCUUCAGGAUCCAAGAGUAUGUUGUAUUUCCUUCUUGCAAGUGGUUGGCUUUCAUUAGACAAACUUUAGUUGGGGUACAAAUAUGAGAGGAGAAACGAAGAGGGGUAAAACACUGUUUCAGUGCGAGCUGCGAAAGCGGUACGAAAUCGAGACAAACUCUGAAUACUAGAUAUGACCUCAAAAUAAAAUAACAGGGGUCAAGGCAAACUGUGAAACGAUGGGAGAUAAGCUUUAUCGUCGAGAGGGAAAAAGCCGAGACCACCAGCUAAGGCUCCUAAAUGACCCCAGUAAGGGCAACUCCAAUGGGCUGUCAAUUUCAAAAUAUAAAAGGUGGGUUUAAAAUGGGCUCUCCAAUGACAUGUCAAAUGAGCUGCCAAAAUAUAGUUUUGUCAAAUUUGUGCCAAAUGUAACACAAACUGUAGCGGUUGCCAAAUAUGCUAUUAUGUGCAAAACCCACUUCCCCAUUUACUUUCCAAUUUCUAUUUUCAUCUCUCUAUAUAUAUAACCUUGAAAUUCUAUAUAUACACACGCACAUAUAUAUAUAUAUAUAUAUAGUUCAUCUCUUUUACUCUGUAUCCACAAUUAAGAUUGAGAAUUCCUGAAUUUCGAUGGCAUAAUUUAAUGUCGACAUACUUUUGCUGGUUGCACGAGGAUGAUUGAUUUAUUAUA